GCCGUAGCGGCGCGGCGCUGCCAUGGCGGUGAGGCCGCCCGUGCUGCUGGGUCUGCGCGAUGCCGCCAUGGCGGGGCCGUGCCGAGGAGGCGGGCAGGCCCCCGCCUGGGCCACCAACAAGCUGGGCGGCUCCCCGGACUGGGUGCCGGCCGUGCGGGCGGGCGCGCCGCGCUGCGGGCUGUGCGGGCGGGCGCUGGCGCACCUGGCGCAGCUGUACUGCCCGCUGGAGGGCGCCCCCUGCCACCGCGUGGCCAACGUCUUCGCGUGCGCCGGCCGGGGCUGCUGGGGAGCGCCGCGCAGCUGGAAGGUGCUGCGCUCACACUACUCGCCCACGCAGCCAGCGGCCACGGCACGUGACAGCGUCGGCCAGAAACAAGAAUUGAACUUGGCUGCAAAGGAUUGGUGUGAGGAAGCAGAUGACUGGGGAGUUGUUGAUGAAGCAGAAUCUCCUAUAUGUGCCUCCCUUCAGCUGCUUGGUUUAAAUGAAGCAGUGAGCAGUUCCUUGUCCAAAGAGGUGGAGUGUGCAUCCCAGUUCCAACAGCUUUGCUUAUCUGAAGCUACAGAUGGGUCAGGUUCCCUGAGGGAACAUCCUUCAGAGAGUGAGGGAAUGGUAACAGCGAUGUCUGGUUCAGCUCCUGUGUUCCAACCCUUUUACAUCUGUGUUGUGGAUGAGGAAGACUACAGUGGUUUCCUUGAUACAGAUCAUGCAGAUAAGCUAUUGAAGGAGUAUCAGCAGAGAGAGGGUGUUGAUUUGGAACAGUUGAUGUCAGAAAGUUUUGCAGGUGAAGACGGUAAUGAAAAGUAUGAGAAGAGUGAGGUCAAAGGCAGGGACCACACGUUCCAUAAAUUUAUGAAAAGAAUAUCUGUGUGUCAGGAACAGAUUCUAAGAUACUCUCGGGGUGGCCAGCCUUUAUUCAUAACGUGUCCUCCAGCCAACAUUGACAAAGGCAUUCCAGCCUGCAGUAACUGUGGAAGCAACAGAGUAUUUGAAUUUCAGCUCAUGCCAGCGCUGGUCAGCAUGCUCCAGAGUGAUUCAGAUCUGUCAGUGGAGUUUGGAACUGCUAUAGUUUACACAUGUGAGAGAAGCUGUUGGCCAGCAAAUAACAAAACCCCUCUUGAAGAAUUUGUUUUUGUACAAGAAGACCCAGAUCAGAGGUUAUUUAAAUAAAUUGAUGUUUCUCCUCAUAAAUGAAA